GCGUUUUUACAGUCAAUUCAAGAAAGCGACACAGUAAACAAUUUGGUGCGACCGCACUGCGACCUACAAGUUCUAUUCAAGUAAGUUCUACACAACAAUCUACAAUGUCUCUAUUACCAUUUAUCAUCGGGUGUGACCGACCUCACGCCAUCGCUCACCCUCACCGGCUCAUCGAUCAGGACUUUGGCCUAGCUUUAACACCUGAAGACUUGCUAACGGCAGCGGUGGCUCCUAUGCUCUCACGGGAUUAUUACAGGCCAUGGCGUCAAAUGGCCGCAGUUGCAAGAGAUAUCGGCUCAACCAUCAAAUCGGACAAGGACAAAUUCCAAGUCAACCUAGACGUCCAACAUUUUGCCCCUGAAGAAAUCUCAGUGAAGACGGCCGACGGCUUCAUCGUCGUUGAAGGCAAACACGAGGAAAAGCAAGACGAGCAUGGAUACAUUUCCCGGCAGUUUACUCGGAAAUACGCCCUUCCUGAAGGAUGCAACCCUGAAACAGUUGAAUCCAGACUCUCAUCUGAUGGUGUACUGAGCAUUAUUGCACCAAAAGUUGCUCCAGCUUUGAAGAACGAGCGAAGUGUGCCCAUAGCUCAAACCGGCCCCGUUCGAAAGGAGAUCAAGGACCAAACUUCACAGGCUAAUGCUAACGGAGAUAAAUAAGCAAUAGGAAGUACAAAGAAAAAAUCGUGCGCAGUGUCUUAAUUUUUUUUUCUUUACGAGACUGAGCUUUGUGUGUAAUUGUAUGUUUUGCGUAUAUUAAACUAUGUAUGACUGUAUAACGAUGUAUGGUUGGUUAUGAUUAUUUUAUAAGUAUCUUCUGAAUAAACAGAAAACCAGUAUUACCAUAA